AAUCGGUGGCCGUGGGGCCGAGAACGAGACCUACAAAGUUGUGGUUUGUAUGGCCAUUUCAUCGAUUUUUAACAUUCCUCAGCUUAUAUCUCGGCUCGGGCUUGGAUCAAGAUUGUUGCAUUUUAACCUUCCUCAGCCACAGAUCUAGAGCGUAUUAUUGAUUCGGAAUGGGAACUUGCGGCUCGUCGUUGACGCCGGACGAAAAACAAGCUUUAUCAAAAUCGCGCAGCAUCGAAGAGAAGAAUGCAAAUGAUCAUGCCAGAGAUGAAAUGACCAUCAAAUUGCUUUUGUUGGGAGCUGGCGAGUCUGGUAAAAGCACGAUAUUUAAACAGAUGAAGUUGUUGUAUGGGAAAGGAUUCAGCGACGACGAUCGUCGGGAUUGGAUACCAAAAAUACACAUGAAUGCUAUAUCUGCUAUGAGAGACUUGUGUUCGGCAGUCACCCGGCUUGGCUUGGAGCAAAAAGUAUUGGACCAAACAGCAUUUGCGCACAUGCUCGAUAUCACAGAAAGGACAGAAUUGACAUCCGAGAUAUCAGGGCCCAUCAAAUCAUUGUGGUCCGAUCCAGGAAUUCUUGAAGUUUGGGAUCGCCGCAGCGAGUUCCAAGUCAUCGAAAGUAAUGAGCUCUACUUUAGAAAGAUUGAACAGAUCUCAGCACGCGGAUACCUCCCAACUGAUGAAGAUAUACUUGCGUCACGAGUACGGACCUGCGGCAUCGUCGAAGAGACGUAUGUCAUCGAAAACGUCGAAUUCGUCAUCAUAGAUGUCGGCGGACAACGAAAUGAACGCAAAAAGUGGAUUCACUGUUUUGAUAACGUAAACGCUGUGAUCUUCGUCGCGGCACUAUCUGAGUAUGACCAAAUGAUGUUUGAGGACGAGACCCAGAACCGGAUGUUGGACACGUUGCUGCUCUUUGAGUCCAUCUGCAAUUCUAGGUGGUUUCAAAAAACCGCUAUGAUUCUAUUUUUGAACAAGCGAGAUCUGUUUGCCAAAAAAAUAAUGAAAAAGGCCCUAACCGAAGUCAGCGAAUGGCACGACUACAACGGGAAAUCGUGCGACUAUGACGAAGGUGUCAACUUUUUCCUGCAGAAAUUUCUUGAGAAAAACCAGCAAAAAAACAAGGACAUAUACACGCACGUCACCUGUGCGACUGAUACCGAGAAUGUUAAAGUAGUAUUCAAUGCAUCAAAGGAUAUCAUACUCAAAUUCAACUUGGAAGCAUCGGGGUUCAUGUGAGCCUCAACCGGGCUAGUCCCACAAUCCACAGUGAACAAUUGUCCGACGUAAUGUGGCAGCCGCCGGACCUGUUAUUGCUGCGUGGGCCCUGGCCUUGAUCUGAUCUGGACUUCUGGUGGAUUGUUCGCUGCGCAAUUCUUGCUUGCAUUGCGACUAGAGACUCGACCUGAGUGGAGCCCCCUCCGAGGAGAGCCUGCGCCCUGGUACUUUGCUAGGCACUUAAGCCACACCAGCCGCCCUAGCCAUAUGGCGGCCCCCCUUGUGUG